AUGGCGAAUAUUCAUGCUAAUUUAUUAGCACGUGAUUAUUACCAGGAUCAAAUGCUGAUAAAAUUACCAAUGGAACAGAUUAAUGAAAUAUUAGAUCAACAAAUGAUAUUAGAUGAAGUUUUAAUUACUAAUCUGACUGAAGAAGAUGAUGAGCGUUGUUUGAAAGGUGAUCCUAAACAAUUGGAUGAUUUACUUAAAGAAUCAUCUAAAGGAAAUAAUGAAAAUUAA